GGCUUGACAGCUGCCGCCGUGUCUCCGACAACAGGAAGGAGCACUGACGGCUUGGCACUGAUGCUCUCAUCGCAAAUCUCGCAAGCCUCCACCAUCAACCAUCUGUAUUGUCCAGCCCAGUCCAUCUUCCCCAUACCCCAUCAGAUUCAUCAUGUUCGCUGCCAGGAACGCUUUUGCUCAGGCCCAGCGCCGCGCUUUUUCUGCGUCGGCCCGCCAGUCCUCCAAGGUCACCGUCCUCGGUGCCGCCGGUGGUAUUGGCCAGCCGCUCUCCCUCCUCCUCAAGCUUAACCCUCGCGUUAGCAAGCUCUCCCUCUACGACAUCCGCCUCGCCCCCGGUGUCGCUGCCGACAUUGGCCACAUCAACACCAAGAGCGAGGUCCGCGGCCACGAUGCCACUCCUUCCGGUCUUGCCGAGGCCCUCAAGGGCGCUGAGAUCGUUGUCAUCCCCGCUGGUGUCCCUCGCAAGCCCGGCAUGACCCGUGACGACCUCUUCAACACCAACGCCUCUAUUGUCCGCGACCUCGCCAAGGCCGCCGCUGAGCACGCCCCCGAGGCCAACAUCCUCAUCAUCUCCAACCCGGUCAACUCCACCGUCCCCAUCACCGCCGAGGUCUUCAAGUCCAAGGGCGUCUACAACCCCAAGCGCCUCUUCGGUGUCACCACCCUCGACGUCGUCCGUGCCUCCCGCUUCAUCUCCCAGAUCAAGAACACCGACCCCGCCAGCGAGAACAUCACCGUUGUUGGUGGUCACUCCGGUGCUACCAUCGUUCCCCUCCUCUCACAGUCCGGCUACAACCUGUCUGGUGAGCAGCUCGACAGCUACGUCAACCGCGUCCAGUUCGGUGGUGAUGAGGUCGUCAAGGCCAAGGACGGUGCUGGUUCCGCCACCCUCUCCAUGGCCAUGGCCGGUGCCCGCUUCACCGAGUCGCUCCUCAAGGCUGCCCAGGGCCAGAAGAACGUCAUUGAGCCCACCUUUGUCGACUCUCCUCUCUACAAGGACCAGGGUGUCGAGUACUUCGCCUCCAACGUCGAGCUCGGCCCCAACGGUGUUGAGAAGGUCCACCCAGUCGGCAAGAUCACCGAGUACGAGCAGAAGCUCCUCGAUGCCUGCUUGGCCGACCUCAAGGGCAACAUCAACAAGGGUGUCAAGUUCGCUGCUGAGAACCCGUAAACGCCGUAACAAGUGUUAGAGCAUGAUGAUGAGUUGUGGUGUACACUAGUAAUGAACUUUAUGGGUCACCGGAACUGGACGUGGUUGGGGUUUCAUGUGUUUGCCAUUUCAGCAAUGCAACUGGAGCAGGCCUGUGUAGAUUUUGAUCUGUACCUUAGCACCAAAUACUCCGUUUGAUCUUCCUGAACAUGUUCGAACUUAUCAUCGAGUACUCGAGGGUGGCCAU